AUGCUGUGUCCGGUUUGGUCCAGUUUGGUCCAGUUAAUGAGCAGCUUCACACGAGGAGGGGUCACCGUCACCAAACCCCGGCCUCUGAUGGGAGGCUCCACAGACACUGAGUAUUUGUGGGUUUCAACAACACCAAACUCCGAAACCAACUCAAGGUCCAAUCACAUCUGGAAACAUCUGCAGAGAGAAACCAGACAGAAGCAGCUGCGAGAGGAGGAGGGUCAUGACGGGAACUCACUCAGAGCAAAGGAAAUGAAAUGA